GUGUGCAUGUAUUGCAUGCCUGCUUUUGUAUGCCAUGAAUCUUUACGAGAUGCUGAUGCUUUUCUUGGUCAAACAAAGAUUAAACGUUUCAGAGCUAAUUAAAUGCUGACAUCAUACAGCAGCUUUAAAAAAAUAAAGGAACACUGCUGUUGAUAAGUUUCCUGUUGCUAAGUUGCCAUGACAAGUAAACAACUUACAAUCAAUGAUACCAAAGUGAACCUUUGCAACUUUUCCAAUAUUUUUAUACUGUUCUUUAAUAUUUAAUCACACUGACAUUCUAAUUCCCACCGGUGCAAAGUAUCUUUAAAAUGUGUCUUGCUCCAUGCUGCUUGCUAAGAAGCAGCUGAUGUAAUGUUAAACAAUAAGGUCUUAUGGGGGAUCAAACUUACUACAAUCUGUCAUUUAUUGCAUGGUUUUCUUUCUUCUUCCAGUUUUUCAUGUUCUGCACAUAGUUCUUUGUGCCUGGUUGUUUUUGUGCAUGCAUCUAUUUUCCGUGUUCUUGAAAAAAAAAACGAGUUUUUAGAAAUGUCUUUUUGGUUCAUGUCCCCAUUGUGCUUCUCGUAAACCUUUGCAGCGUGUUAUCAAAUUAACGACAUUCGAACUACCACCAACACAAGCAUUAUUUAAUAACAGCAGGAUUCAUUUUUCAAACUUGCAGAGUAUUUAGGCCCAGGGUUCAUGUGCAUCGUUAAGGAGGAGCCGCCAGCUGCUCCAGCUGCUGUUGAAGAUGAGUUUGAAGCAGCUACCGGUAGCGACAGUUCGCAGAUGGCAAGCAGUCGCCAAGACCUUGAAUGCGUCGGGGAAAGUGCCCCUAGCUAUGAAUGCGAGAUGUGCCACAAGGUCUUCAACACCGAUCAACGCCUGCUCCAGCACUCCGUAGCACAUGGGCGCGAGUGGAAGUUCUGGUGCAGUAUCUGCGGAGCCAGCUUUGCACGAAGCAAAGAUCUGUUGGAGCACGGGAGCACCCACAUCGACAAGCAGCAGCACCGGUGUUUGAUCUGCUACAAGUCCUUCUAUCAUGCGGGCCUGCUUCGAAAACAUGUCUCGUGUCACACUGCUGUUCAUGAUGAGUUUGAAGCGCCUACCGGGAGCGACAGUUCGCAGAUAGCAAGCAGCCGCGGAGACCUUGAAUGCGUUGGAGAAAGUGGCCAUCGCUAUGAAUGCGAGAUGUGCCACGAGGUCUUCAACACGGAUGAACGCUUGCUCCAGCACUCCGUAGCGCAUGGGCGGGAGUGGAAGUUCUGGUGCAGUAUCUGCGGGGCCAGCUUUGCACGAAGCGAAGAUCUGUUGGAGCACGGGAGCACGCACGUCGACAAGCAGCAGCACCGCUGUUUGAUCUGCCACAGGUCCUUCUACCAUGCAGGCCUGCUUCGAGAGCAUGUCUGGUGUCACACUAAGCAGCUGACAUUCUACUGCCACCUGUGCCCCAUGGUGUUUCCCGUGCGGCAGCAGCUGUUAGAUCACCUGCACAACCACGAUCGGCAUGCCCCCUUUGCGUGCGACCACUGCGAUGCCACUUUCAUCUUCGAAGUGGAGCUGAUGAAGCAUAAGAAGAGGCACAAGGAAGUUCGGCGUCACAAGUGCCCGGAGUGCAACAAGGCCUUCCUUCGGAAGUGCCACCUGGCUAAGCACAGAAAGAUACACACGGAGGAAUGGCCGUUCAGGUGCAACAUCUGCACAAAGAAGUUUACGCGCCAAGCCCACUUGGCUGCACACAUGCGGAAGCACGGAGAUAAAACUGAUGUCCAGCCAUCAAACUCGUAGGCUUCUCCUGCGCAUAUCUUCGUUCAAGAUUUAAAUCUCUAUUGGAGCAGUUAGUGUCUACCGGAUGUGGUCUGUGUAAGCAUCUCACGGAAAUAAAAACAUUGGUUACACGUU